AUGGAGGCGCCGCCUGCGCCUCCCGCCGCGCCCCCCGCGCCCUGCAGCGCUGCGCGGAGCCUGCAGGACGAGCUGACGUGCCCUGUGUGCCUGGAGUACUUCAACGACCCGGUGCUGGUGGCCGAGUGCGGGCACAACUUCUGCCGCGCCUGCGUGACCCAGUGCUGGGAGGACUCGGCACGGCGUCUCUGCUGCCCGCAGUGCCGCGAGCCGGUCCCGCAGCGCCUCUUCCGCCCCAACCGCUCCCUUGGCAACAUCGUGCACAUCGUUCGCCAGCUGGGUCUGCCGCCGGGCCCCGCCGAGCCACCACCGGGGCCGCCCGCGCCGCCGCUGCCCGCGGCUGCCCCGGCCGGCCCACCGGGGCCGCCGCGCUGCCCGCGCCACGGGGAGCCGCUGCGGCUUUACUGCGUGCAGGACCGGCGGGCCGUGUGUGUCGUGUGUCACCUGUCCCGCGAGCACCGCGCCCACACUGUGCUGCCCGCCGAGGAGGCGGCCCACGCCGCGGAGGAGGUGCCCCAGGAGCACUUGAGCUCCCUGAGGAAAGGGCGUGAAGAGGCCAAGGCCGAGCGGGAGCGGCAGAGUGAGGAGCUGCUGAAGCAGACGGAGGUGGAGCGGCAGAAGAUCGUGGCUGAGUGCAAGGAGCUGCGGGCUUUCCUGGAGGAGAAGGAGCAGCUCCUGCUCUCCCGGCUGGAAGAGCUGGAGAGGGACAUUGGGCGGCGGAGGGACGAGAGCGUGGCCCGACUGGCUGAGGACAUUGCCCAGCUGGACAAGCUCCUGGCAGAGCAGGGCGGGGACAGUGGGACAGGGAACACACCUGGCGAGGGUGUCGUCCCAGCUGGCAGCAGCCUGGAAAGCUGGAUGUUCCUCAAGCCCGAGCCCGGCUUUUCCGAGCUGGAGAAGAAGCUGAAGAGCUUUUCCCAGAAGAGUGCGGUGCUCAAGGAAGUGCUGCUGGAAUUCAAGGAAAACCUGCGCUUUGAGCUGGAGAAUGACACAGGCGAGCUCUCCCUGGAUCCCGACACAGCCAACCCCUACCUGGUGCUGUCAGAGGACAAGCGGAGCGUGCGGCUCCGUGGGGCCCCUCAGGAGCUGCCGGCUCAUCCCAAACGCUUCGACUACGCCUUCUGCGUCCUGGCCUCCGAGGGCUUCUCUGCUGGCCGCCACUACUGGGAAGUGGAGGUGGGAGACGGGGAGAGCUGGGUGCUGGGCGCUGCCCGCGAGUCCGUGCGCCGCAAGGAGAAGGUCGACUUCGCCCCCGAGGAGGGGAUUUGGGCGGUGGGGCUCAACUGGAAGGGCAAAAAUUGGGAUCAGUACCAGGCGUUCACCUCUCCUGAGACACCGCUGUCCCUUUGUGAGCGGCCACGCAAGAUCGGGGUGUACCUGGACUAUGAGGGCGGGUGGGUGGCAUUUUACAACGCUGACAACAUGGCUCCCAUCUUCACCUUCACCGCCGCCUUCUCCGAGAGGAUCUUCCCGUUUUUCUGGCUCUUCUAUGUGGGCUCCUCGCUGUCCCUCUGCAACUGAGCCCACCCCGCUCACUGGUGUCCCUUGUCCCCUGCCAUCCUUAGGUUUUCCUUUGCUUCCAAGCAAAACGCCCCAAAUCCUGCCCUUGGCCAUUCAGGGGGGAUUUUUUUCCUGUUGAAGUUCAAAGUUUGGAGUGUUUUUACCCUCAAAAUCUUCCUCAAGGGCGUUGUUUGGUGAGGGGGGCUACUUGGCCACCCCCUCCUUGUUGCUGGUUAAACACCCCUGUAGUUCAUUUUCUAUUUUUCUUUGGAGCUGGAGCCCCAUGGAACAGGGAGAGGCUGAUCCCAUCCUACUUCGAAUAGUAGCCAAAGCUUUGUGUCCCACCUCCCCCCUAAAAUGCUGUGUGGAGAGGAGGGGUGUCUUUCGCCCCC